AUGUUGGGGUCAAGAAUGUUAAAGGGCAAGAAUCCAGAAUCAGUCGCGGCCCAGAAGCCUCGCGAAGCCACCAUCCUGUGUCUCCCAGCCACUUCACGACCUCAGAGGACAUGCCUCCAAAAGGCGGCACGGGAGGUGGUCCUGCACGUGGCGGCGGCGGUGACCAGACCAACAAGCAGACGUCGGGCAGCGGCUGCAGUUGUGGCUGCAGCGGUAGUGCUGGCUGCGAGAAGGACGGAAGAGAGGAGGGAAGAGAAUGGGCGCAGAAGCAGGCAAGGCAACAAUCGUGACUUCAUGGAACCUGAUGUAUGUGUUAUCGUAGGACCCGAUGACAACCAUGACGAAGUUGUUAAUCCUGAUGAUGUUUUUGACAGUGGCUUAAUUUCAACUGAUGUCAACAGAGACGUAUAAUAUCCUGGGUGAAUCAUAUACGUUGGCAUUACAUGACUAACAUGCUCGCAAUGCUAUAUUUGAGAUUUGGUAUCGUGGGACAUCGUCAUGUGAAUGUCCAAGACGAUAUUUUUUAUUAUGUGAUAAAAUAUCCGAGAUGACGUGAAGAAAUAUGAUAAUCUCCAAAAUGAGUUUGAAAUGUCUGUGAUGGAGCCACACAUUCUGAUAAUCAGCAAGGUAUGCGGUUUAUCGUUAUUAUAUACUGAUUUUAUAUGACCAUUAUGACACAUCAAUGGUCGUGUUUUAUAUCAGCUAAUAAUAAACAUGAAUACAUUUAUACUUUAUCAAAAAUGAAAGCAGUUCAUGUGAUUUCUUUUGACUGUACCCGAUUUCUACAGGUUGCAUGAUGCUGAUUCUCGGAAGCUAAUAUCUAUAAGGUUAGAAUAGACUACAUACACUUGUGGGGUUUGCUUAAAGAAAACAAUCAGAAGGCAUCUGGCUCCAAAGAUUAAGAACAUCUCUAUAGACAAAAUUUCAUAAGGUAGUUGAGAGCAGAUAGCAUUAUUUUACCUAAUAAGGGGUAUUUAUAUAUUUUUAUUUUUCCUUUUAUGUAAACAGAAACAGUACAUAAAUUGUAGUUGACUGUUUAUAUAUUCAGUCAUGGCAGCAAAAACAGCAACCUUAUUGAUAGUGCUCAUAAAGAAAAGAAAAUAAGAAAACAAGGAAAAGAUAUGAUAAAACAAAAAACAAAAAAAAACAAAUAUUGACGUGUGCAAUAUAGUUCACAUGAGAAUGUGUUAGAUACUUUUCAACAAGAAAAUUGGCAUAUGAUCUUGUUAUUCAUGUUAUGUAUGAUACUUUUUAUAUACUUUGAUAUGUCAGUUUUAUUUUGUAAUAUGGAAUUAGGAUCUCAGACAUUUCAAAGUAAUAUUUCUUUGUAGACAUUUAAAAUUAGAAUUGUUAAACUUGUUGCACAGUACAUCAGAUAAUGGAAGCAUACAAGAGAAGAAAAUAAAUAAAUUUAUAGUAAGUA